AUGGUCCAUCUCACCCGCGUCCAGACCGGCCUCGCCGGCGCCAAACCGCCCAAGCCCGUCGACAACAAGGCCGACCCCAAGGCUGCCUCCGCGACGGCCGAGAACCUCCACCACUCGGCCUCGCAGCUGCGCCUCGCCGAGUACAACGACGAGUUCACCACCUCCGUCUACGGCUCCCGCUUCGCCCGCGAGGAUCUGCCCAAGGACUCCAUGCCCGAGGGCGAGAUGCCCAAGGAGGUUGCCUACCAGAUGAUCAAGGACCAGCUGAGCCUUGAUGGAAACCCCAAGCUCAAGUACACCAAUCUUGCUUCCUUUGUCUCGACCUACAUGGUGAGCCCAUUCUUCCUUCGCCCUCCCCCAUCCCUCAUCAUCACUCUAGACGCAAUGCUCACCUUUGUCCUCGCACAGGAACAAGAAGCCCUUAAUCUCAUGGCUGACGCCUUCCCCACCAACUUCAUCGACUACGAGGAGUACCCUUACACCGCCGACAUCCAGAACCGCUGCGUCAGCAUGAUCGCCAACCUCUUUCACGCCCCCGCCGACGGCGACGCCAUCGGCACCUCCACCGUCGGCUCCUCCGAGGCCAUCAUGCUCGCCGUACUCGCCAUGAAGCGCCGCUGGAAGCAAGCCCGCCAGGCCGCCGGCAAGCCCACCGAGCACCCCAACAUCAUCAUGUCCUCGGCCGUUCAGGUCUGCUGGGAGAAGGCCGCCCGCUACUUUGAGAUUGACGAAAAGUACGUCGACUGCACCCGCGAGCGCUUCGUCAUCGACCCCGAGGCGGCCGUCGCCCUGGUCGACGAGAACACCAUCGGCAUCGUCUCCAUCCUCGGCACCACCUACACCGGCCACUACGAGGACACAAAGGCCAUCAACGACCUGCUCGUCAAGAAGAACAUUGACUGUCCCAUCCACGUCGAUGCUGCCUCUGGUGGCUUCGUCGCGCCCUUUGUCGUUCCGGAUCUCGAAUGGGACUUCCGCCUUCCCAAGGUCGUCUCCAUCAACGUCUCCGGCCACAAGUACGGACUCGUCCACCCCGGCGUCGGCUGGGCCGUCUGGCGCUCCUGCGAGCACCUCCCCAAGGAUCUCAUCUUCAACAUCAACUACCUCGGCGCCGAGCAGUCCUCCUUCACCCUCAACUUCUCCAAGGGCGCCUCCCAGGUUAUCGGCCAGUACUACCAACUCAUCCGCCUCGGCAAGCACGGCUACCGCGCCAUCAUGAGCAACCUCGUCCGCACCGCCGACCACCUCUCGGCGCGCCUGCAGGAACUCGGCUUCGUCAUCAUGUCCGAGACCUCCGGCGGCGGCCUGCCCCUCGUCGCCUUCCGCUUCCCCGAGGGUGCCGAACCGCACGCCGUCGCGGACCGCGCCUACGACGAGUUCGCCCUCGCCGCUCACCUCCGCGCCCGCGGCUGGAUAGUACCCGCCUACACCAUGGCGCCCAAGACGGAAGGCCUCAAGAUGCUGCGCGUCGUCUGCCGCGAGGACUUUUCCCGCAGUCGCGCCGACGACCUCAUUGCUGACGUCAAGCUGUGCCUCGGCGUCCUGGCCUCGUCGGACAAGGAGACCCUCGAGCGCGCCAAGAAGUACGUCCUCCAGCACGUCACGGCCCACGGCAAGCGCAGCCACAAGCACACCGCGCACGCGUACAAGGACGAGAAGCACUCGCUCCAGGGCAAGUCGGGCAAGACACACGCCAUUUGUUAA